AGGCAGCAGCGCACACAUCAGCAGCAGUCAGGGGACGGGGGGGAAGCGUCCUGCUCAGACGGAGGAGAGGACUUUGGAAGUAAACUCAACUUUUCAACAAAGCUGUUGGUGGAAAGUAAACUUUGCGAGUCUCAGCUAUUUAUAUCAGCAGUCUGUAACAUGGAUGCAGAUGACACAAUACUUUCUCUCUGCAUGCCCGUUUUCGGUGAUGAAGGAUUCUGAACUUCCAGAUGGACCACGGGAUUCGUAUUGCUUUUCCAAUCUGCUGCCAUUUAAUGCUAUUUAGUUUAGUCUGUUCUCAAAGUCUCUCUCUCUCUCUGGAUUUUUCAACUUUGGUGGCAGCAAUUUUAGCUCAUCUGCAACAUAACUGUCCGCUAUUUAUUGCACCAUGGACGCCACGGACCUAGAGAUGAGCAUAAUGUCCCACACUUCUGCCUAGAAGUUACAUUCAAGGGCUUAUACUGUAGAAGAAGUGGUGGAGAGGAGGACAUGGGUUGGAGACGACGAUAUUGCCCCAGUCUGGUACUUGUUGCCCUGCUUGUGGCGGUGUGUGUCCUUCUAUAUCAGUGCCUCACCCUACUGUGGAGGAGCCCAUCCUGGACCUUACAGAAGUAUGACGCUGGGACACUCCAGGACCUCCUUGACGUGACCAGAGAGAAGGAUUGCCUCUAUAAGUGGGGCAGCAUAGUCAGAAGGAUAAAGGAUUAUGAAGACAGACUUAAGAAGAAACUAGGUUACAGUACGCCGGAAAAAAUCUUAUUACAUAUCCAUCCCUCACUUGCUAAUGAGGAAUCCAUCCUGUACAAGCGAAUUCUAGCACAUCACAGAUACUCAGCCCUGCAAUUUACAGAUAUUGACAGUAUCACAGCAUUUGUAAAGCACAACCAGAAUUCUCUAGACAGACAUGUCCUGAUAUACAUUUCUUCAAAUAAAAGUGUAGAAGCACACUGCAAGGAAAUGGAAGAACUUGCUGAACUACCACACCUGAGAAGGGUGCACAUACUGCCACAAAUGCAGCAACUACUGUGCAAGAAAGCCAGGAUGUGUGAGGUGGCUGCACUCUUUCCAGAACUUCAAAAUCUUUCAGUAUGUGCAACCUAUGCUGAAGCAUCAUUAGAAAGGGAAAGCAUCUCCAAUGUAAGACCUUGGGACAUAAACCACUCACCCAACACAUCUUUAAAUAUAAGAUUCAUCUACCAGCAUCAUCCAUCUCCAGAUACUCCACUCAUCAGGAUAUUUGUGCUAAUCACAUCUCUGUCACCACUCCGAGCAUUUAUUCAUUCUAUCGCAAUGGUUCAGAGACAGCCCAAGAAACCAUUUACUCCAAUAAAGUUACAGCACUUUUAUGAACAGUUCUUCAAGUUAAAGUCUCCCUUACAAGAGUUUAACGCCUUAAAGGAGAUGAUAAGCAAAUUGUUACUUACCUUGGAGGUAAUGAGUGAAGUCAGUGCCACAGGACAAAAUACACUGAACAGGUACAAUGAAGGGUUUCAACUAUUAACGUUUGACAUUGGAUACAGCAGUGCCUCACCUCCCUCAGUGCUCGAAGUAAAAGAACAGUUUGAGUUCAGUAGCCUAAAUCUGGAAGAUCACAUUACAAUGGAAAUUAUUUUGGAAGAUGUAUUUGUAUUUAUAUUUCAAAACAACUCACUUGGCUUUUUAGGAGUACUAGAAAAAGUCCAGGGAAGUCCUUCUGCAAAGGCAAACAUUUGCUGGUUGGACCCUCUUCUACAUAUGACUUGGGAGGAAAUGGAUAAAUUACAGAUUUUUUUUCAAGAACUGACAAAACUGGGAAAGUUUGAGAUGCUUUAUCCUUCUACUUCUCUACGAGUAAAAGCUUGGAGAAAUUACCUUUACCACAGAGCUAGUCAUUUGAAAAAGCUUGAAUCAAUGGUAGCAGAACAUGAACUUCUUUCUACCUUAGUUGAACAUCUAAAGUUAUUGAACAAAUUCACUUUAACAAAGAGUCAAACAUUUCAAGUGCAAAAUGUGUUACCUGCUGUUCCAAGAACUUCCUCAGUGAAAAAUAAACAAAUGAAGUGCAGCGAUGAUAAUGAUACACAAUCUUACAUCCGGGGUAUCUUUAGCAAACCUCCGCUGGAACUGAUUCCAGAAUUUAACCCAAUGAUCAAAGACUACUAUGCAGAAUUACCAUUUGAUGUAGUGACAGUGGAAAUCAGAGCAGAGCCUGCAAACUGCAGAAGCCAAGUGUACCUGGAUUACAGGGAUGGACCAAGAGUUUCAAUUUAUCCGCUUGGAUUGGGCCUUAAUAAAGUCACUUUACAUGUAACUGAUGAGUCUAAGCCAUCACCAGUAUUAUUGGGAAGCUAUAGAAUAACUGUCUACCGGGAAGAACGUCCGAGUCUGCCUUUGUUUGACCAUUAUAAAAUGUGUGGCUUUGUACAGGAUUGUGGUUUAAUUAUUUAUGUUGACGAGUCGUGUGGGUUACAGGAUAUUUCUUCUGAAUCGCUGGAGCUUUCACAAGCAUGGCAAAGAAAAUGUGAGACUGGAGAUGCCAAAGGUCAAUGGGUUGUCCCGUGUUUGAGCUGCUCAGAUAAUAGAACUUGCGACUGGAGAGCAAUAUCAUGGCAGCCUUAUCAUUGCCAUCAUCCAAUGUUACCGAUCCAUGAGCUACAGCAGUGCCUGAAAGAAAGAAAGAUUCUUUUUAUUGGAGACUCCACCAACCGAGGAAUGAUGUAUUAUCUGAUAGAGCGAUUAAAUGGAACCUUAAUGGAAUGGGAGAAGAUUCACGACAUGAAACUCUAUAAUAACAUAAAUUAUGGAAGGACGAGUAUUAGCUACUCUUACUAUCCACAAUUUUGGAUUGAUGUCAGACAACGACCGACCUUUGAAGAAGCACUAGAACAUCUCAUUGAAAGAUCUCGUCCUCUUAAGAACACAAACCAGACCAUAUUGGUUGUAGGUGGAGUUCAAUGGCUUAACUCAGAUCAUUUGCAGAUUAUUAACAGAGUGCUAAACAGGGAAAAUCUCUUGGAUAUUUUGGUAAUAGUAAAGUCUAUAGGGAUGGGAUUCCAUUUACCAGUGCAUGGCAUUCGUUCCUUAUCACCCAUCCAAGUAAGACAUUUAUUUGAUGAAAACAGUCUAAUCCUAAAGACGGCAAAACUGUGUGGUUAUGAAGUGGUGGAUACAUUUAGAAUUACUAUUGGACGCUACAAGGAAUUCUUGCAAGGGAAAUGUGGAUGCCAUUAUCAUGAGGUGGUGAAGUCUGAAAAAGUGAAAGACAAAAGAAUGAAAUUAUCACAGAGUUAUACAUUUGGCGGCAAAAUCUUUCCUCCAAAACAAGACAUUGCACCAGACUUGAAAUCACAAUAUCAUGUCCAGGGUCCAGUGAAUCAGGUUUAUUCUGAAAUCCUUCUGAGCAGGAUGUGUGCAUGAAGCGGGAACAAUACUACAAGCAUGACGUGCUUCUGCACAGCCUAACACUUUGCUUUGGUGCAAUGAGCAGACUGGAUUCAUUACAAGCUUCUCCAUUUAUCUGAGGUAGCACAACUGAAGAUAUGCCAGCGUCUCUUUAAGCUUUAUGGGAUCAAGAUGUACCCACAUAGAUAUGUGGUUUUACACCAGAAAAAGGAGCGACCUCCCACUGCUGCCAAGUUUUAGGAAAUAUAGAACAUAUUCUGAUCUUUAAGACAACACACAUGUACUGUACAGCUUGUUUACAAGUGAUGAAUUAUUUAUAUCAGGAAUGUGUACAGGUCAAUUGUGAGGGAUGUGAUGUUAUAGUACUCUACUGAGAAUUAAUUUAUCAGAUUUUAAAUUUUUUGGGUGGUACUAAGAUAUAUUUCAUCAUGCUGUCAUCAGAAGGCUUUAGUGGUCGUCAUUUCAUGCAUGGAUGUCAGAGACCUCUUUAACACAGUAUUACCCAGCUUUGUGCUUGAACAAAGCCACUGUGUGCUUCAUAUGUUUCAACACCAACUAAUUGGCAGAGAAGUGCCCACACUGCAGCUGAUGAGCGUAUUAUGCCACGUCUGUGUGCUUCUGCCACUUCUGACAACAAACAAUGUACGGUACUUUCUGGAACAUUCACAGGAACUUGCCAAAGAUGAAUGUUUUCAAUAUUGUGCUUAAAAUGGAGAAAUACUCAAUUUCAUUAGCAGUUUACAUAAUGGUUACUUGUUGCCAGUAUACACAGUUUGGAAACGUUGCACAGCAUUGUUGUAAGAAAACUGAACUUGAAUAUAUUUUGCAAUAUACUUUUCUGUUAUCUUUUA